AUGACAACAGAAAAAAAAGUCACAUCAUAUACAAAAAAGACAAAUGAAGAUGUUAAUAAUUUAUAUUUUUUCAAUUUAGAUAAUGACAAUUGUGGGAUUGUUUCAAGAAAAAAAGAAGAAAAUUUUUAUAAUGAAAGAUCAAAUAAUAAUGAAAAAGAUUAUUUAAUGAGCCCUAAAAUAUCGAUACCUACCAAAGAAUUAUUACUAAAAAUAGAGGAGAAUGAAAAAAGAAAAUUGUCCUGGAUGGACACGGAAAAUCGUGUUAUAUUAAAUGUUGGUGGAAUACGUCAUGAGACAUUUAUGCAUGUUUUAAAAAAAAUUCCAGCAACAAGAUUAUCAAGACUUACACCAAAUUUGGCAAAUUAUGACCCUGUAUUAAAUGAAUAUUUUUAUGAUAGACAUCCUGGAGUUUUUGCUAUGAUAUUAAAUUAUUAUAGAACGGGAAAACUUCAUUAUCCAACAAAUGUUUGCGGACCACUUUUUGAAGAAGAAUUAGAAUUUUGGGGUUUAGAUGCUAAUCAAGUUGAACCAUGUUGUUGGAUGACAUAUACACAACAUAGAGAUACUCAAGAUACAUUAGCAGUAAUUGAAUCUUUAGAUCUUGAUACAGAACCACCAUCACAAGAAGAAAUAGCAAAAAAAUUUGGUUGGGAAGAGGACUUUUACUCGGGUACAAUGUCAAAAUGGCAAAAAUUAAAACCAAAGUUAUGGUCUCUUUUUGAUGAACCAUGGUCAUCAAGGUCUGCAAGAAUUUUAAGUAUUAUUUCAAUAUUUUUUGUAAUUGUAUCAAUUGUUAGUUUUUGUUUAAAGACGCACCCAUAUAUGAGAGUCCCAGAAAUAACAUUUAACGCAACAAAUUAUGAUAAUGAACCUCUUCAUGUUAUAAAAAAUUCAACUAGUAGAGCUCAUCCUUAUUUUUUUUAUGUGGAAUUAAUAUGUAAUAUUUGGUUUACAAUUGAAUUAUUAUCAAGAUUUAUAUUUUCACCUAAUAUGAAAAAAUUUUGUAAAGAUCCAAUAAAUAUAAUUGAUUUUAUUGCAACUGUUUCAUUUUAUAUUGAUUGGGGAUUAGAAGAAUUAUUUAGUGAAACAAAUCGUGAUACUGUUGAAUUUUUUUCAAUUAUAAGAAUAUUACGUUUAUUUAAAUUAACACAACAUUCUUCUGGAUUAAAAAUAUUGAUUCAAACAUUUAAAGCUUCUGCACAAGAAUUACUUUUAUUAGUAUUCUUUGUUCUUCUUGGUAUUGUUAUAUUUGCAGCAUUAGUAUAUUAUGCUGAAAGAGUACAACAAAAUCCUGGAAAUCAAUUUGAUUCAAUUCCUGUUGGUUUAUGGUGGGCUAUUAUAACAAUGUGUACUAUAGGAUUUGGUGAUAUGGUACCAAAGACAUACCUUGGUAUGAUUGUUGGUAGUGUUUGUGCAUUAAUGGGUGUCUUAACAAUAGCCCUUCCUGUACCAGUUAUUGUUUCUAAUUUUGCAAUGUUUUAUUCACAUGCUCAAGCACGUUCAAAAUUACCAAAAAAAAGAAGACGUAUAUUACAACCUCAUGAAGUUAAACCUAUUGUUGGUCGGAGUACAACAGCAGCUUUAUUAGGAACUAUUGCAUCAUCUAAUUCAACUCAUUUUGUGGGUGAAAGAGAUAUUAAUGUACCUGAAAAUGGUGAUACUCGUGUUAGAAGAGCAUUUUUAAAAAAAACAUAA